UUUCGCGAGACAGGAAACAGCUGAUCUGGGAAGUUGCGCACCUAAAAUUAUAUAAACACUAGUGGAUUGAUAAGACGUUGUCUUUCUGUAGCAAUGAGCAUCACGGAAAGGGAACUUAAGAUACAUUUCACUCCAGGGAAUGUGGAGGUGGUUCAGGAGAACGUGGACAUCCCCUACAGGCGAGUGCUGGUGACCGGGGCCACAGGACUUCUGGGACGUGCAGUUUAUAAAGAGUUCCAGAACAAUGCCUGGCACUCGUUGGGCUGCGGAUACAGCCGGGCUCGCCCCCGGUUCCUUCGAUGUGACCUGACCGAUGAAGUUGCGGUGCGGGGGGUUAUUCAAGAUUUCCAGCCCCAUGUGAUUGUGCACUGUGCAGCGGAGAGGAGGCCAGACGUGGUGGAGAGGCACACAGAGGCAGCCUUGAACCUGAACGUCCACGCGUCUGGGACGUUGGCUAAAGAGGCAGCUGGGAUGUUCCUCAUCUACAUCAGCACCGACUACGUUUUUGAUGGCCGGAACCCCCCGUACGGAGAGAACGACGCCCCUAACCCGUUAAACGUGUACGGCAAGUCCAAGCUAGAGGGGGAGCGGGAGGUCCUACGGCAGAACCCCGGCGCGGCCGUGCUGCGAGUGCCCAUUCUGUACGGGGAGGUGGAGCGGGUGGAUGAGAGCGCCGUGACCGUGCUCUGGGACAAGGUUCAGGAGGGCGCCGACAGCUGCGGCGUGGAGCACUGUCAGCAGCGCUUCCCCACCUAUGUCAACGACGUGGCGCGGGUCUGCCGGCGCAUGGCGGAGCGGAGGCUCCAGGACCCGUCGAUACGAGGCAUCUUCCAUUACUCGGGAACGGAGCAGAUGACCAAAUACGAGAUGGCGUGUGCGAUUGCGGAUGCUUUCAGCUUGCCCAGCAGUCAUUUGAUACCGAUGACGGAGCAGCCUGCCGGGGCCGGGGCUCUGAGACCUCAUAACGCCCAGCUGGAGUGCUCUCGUCUGGGGCUGCUAGGCCUCAGUGUGGAGCCCGUCCCCUUCAGGACGGCUGUGAGGGACAGCCUCUGGCCCUUCCUGUACGACAAGCGAUGGAGGCAGACGGUCUUCCACUGAUUGCUGCCGGGGGGGACCAAACCCGAGAUGGAUCAUCAAACGCAACAUUUGACUUCAGGCUUUAUAGAUGACUGUGACUUUUUGUGUUAGGAAGUUACUGAUUCCAAGCAUUUGGGCUAUUUCCUGCUACUUCCGAUUUCUUGCAUAUCUAAUGCUUGCUUUUAUGAACCGUUUUGUGUAAAGUGAAACAUUCCUGCUGAAUCGAUUGCUUAACGAUGUAUUGGAAGCCACUGUAGGCAACUGAAAUGUCUAACGUUCUUAUAGCAUUGUUGAAUAUAAGAUGUUACUCAAUGUUUCUUCCUUUUUUUUUCUCCUUUUUUUUUCUUCUUUGCUGCAGAUAACUUCAGUUUUAGCCAAUCGGUUAAUUAAAAACAAAUUCAUUAAAGUGAAAAAAUGCCUGCUGCGUCAUAGCAACCCACCCAUGCUGGGUUUAAUUGUUGAAUGAUUCUUUAGGCGUGUUACACCUCGUUAUAGACAGAAGUGGUAACUGUUUUGGUAGAUUGGAUUUGAACCCAUGCUGCAGCAGUAUAAGAUUACCAGAGAGGCAGUGGCUUAGACCACUGGAAAUUCACUGGACAUCCAUAGGCCACUGGGUUUUUAUUUGAAUGAGAAUGUCUGUAUUAUGCCCUGUGUUUGUAGUUGCACUAAGAAAUCACAUUUUCUCUCACAUUUUGCGUUUAGGCAAUGACUUCUUUGAUUAUGGUUUUAUGAUAAAGACACUGGAAUAAAAAUCUUGUUGUCAAGA